GCGCUUUCGUCAUCACUUCACUUCACGCGUCCGUCAUCGCGAAGACGCCUUCUCGAAUUCAAUUUAUCCGCCUCGAAAACUCACCUCGGGUUCGAUCUCACCAUCGUCCUCGUCUCGUCCUCGUCCUCCCUCAAUUCACUUCAGAGCGCAAUGAGUCGCUUGUUGACGAGAACACAGACAUCCUGGCUGCGAGCUGCUCCCUCUGCUCUGCUUGCUGCCAGACUGUCCCCAUCUGCGCUCAACCACCGCCCUCUCAUCUCUUCCUCCUCCUCCUUCUCGACUACCUCUGUCGUCCGCAGUGCCCCCCAUGACCCCUCCCAGACAGUUGUCUCGACUCUGACUGAAAUAACCGCCUCUUCUCCCGGACUCCCCCCCUCUGCAUUCGCCUCCUCUGCCUCCUCUGCCUCCUCCGCCGUCUCCAGCUCUUCCGCUUCAGACACCUUCCUCUACCUCGGCACCAAAUUCACAGACCUCCUGCACUGGAUCUUCAUCCACACCGAACCACUCGGCCAAGCCUCCUUCAAAAUCUUUGAGACCGUGCACUCCCUCACCGGCCUCUCAUGGGGCGCCGUCAUCCCAAUAACCUGCAUCCUCCUCCGCCUCACACUCACCCUCCCCGUCGCCCUCUGGAGCAGACAAAACAGCAAACGACUAAGCCGUCUCUCGAUGCUCUCGCGCUCAAUCUCGACCGUCAUCGGCUCCGGCGUGCGCAAAAACGCAGUCAAGCUCCUGCCGAAAGAACUCGACCUCGAAACCGAGCUGCCGCUCAAGACCGCGCCGCGCGAGCAGAUCAACGCGUUCGUCACCGCGCCGGUCUCAAGCGACCUCGCGAGAUCGUCGAUGAUGAGCUUCGUCAAGGAUAACGCCGCCGAAACCCAAAAGCUGUUCAAGGUUCAUUUCAUAAAGUCCUUUGCCGUCGGCAUCGCGCAGAUGCUCAUCCUCUUCUUUGGAAGUCGCGGCGUCGCCGAGUAUCGCAUGCGAGUAGACAUGGUCGCUUCCUCGGGCGACACUGCAAAUCAGAUAAACGAGGGUCUUCUCUGGCUCUCGAACCUCAGCGAACCUGAUCCGCUCUUUAUCCUUCCAGUGGUAUUCGCCGCUACCACGUUUGUCAAUCUCGAGGGUAUCCGAAUCGAAAGCGAAAAAGUUGCUGCUUACAGAGGAACUCCUAGCGGACCGAUCUCGUUGUUUUUUGGAAUGUUUGCCAAAACCGGCGCGUUCUCUGUCUGCUUCUUGGCAUUCUUCUACCCUGUCUCGUACACGGUAUACUGGCUAGCCUCAGCCCUCUACUCUCUCUUCCAAAACGCCUACCUGCGGCACUUCUACCCGUUCGUACCAGACAACAAACUAGCCACCCCGCUAAACAAGCCUCUGAAUUCGCACCAGAUCAUCAAGGACCUCGACGCAGACAGUCUCUUGAAACUAGCGAAGAGCUCGAGAUUACCGUGAGCUGUAGAUGAGAAUGAAGGUGCCUUUCGGCUUGUAUUAUAGACGACAAUGCUCACGCGAUGUCAAUU